CUUCCUCCCGGGUCACGUCAGUGCGCCUGCGCCCGCGCCUGCGGUUCGCGCACACAAUAUUCCCCUCCGGAGUGGCGCCGGCUGCUCGCGCUUGUGGUCCGGCCCUCUCGCGGCCCACUCCGGACAGCCGAGGGCUCUCCGCGGCCAGACCAUGCCCGCGGGCGUGGCCUGGCGCACCUACCUGAAGAUGCUGGCGGCCAGCCUCCUGGCCAUGUGCGCGGGCGCCGAGGCGGUGCACAGGUUUUACCGCCCCGACCUGACAAUACCUGAAAUUCCACCAAAACCUGGAGAACUCAGAACAGAACUUUUGGGACUGAAGAAGCAAAAACACGAACCUCCAGUUUCUCAGCAAUAGAAAUUUCAAAUAUAGCUAGGCCAAGAGGCCUGUGAAUAAGUUGUAUAUUUUUUUAAUUUAUUGAAUCCAGCUCCUCAUCCUUAAGCAUCUAAUUCAGCCUAACUGCCAGAGGAGUGCUCCAGGGAUAGGCACUGGGAUGGUGAAAUUUUCUUAUGCCCAAGUGCACAUCCUGAGCUUCCUGAGUGUGAUCUGGAAGGCACUGAAUAACAUGUGAAACAGAGUAUUUUCACUGUCUCCUGCCGUUACAGUUCUGCUUUAUUUCUCUGAGUACAGUUGACUCUAAUGGCAAGUGGGAAUUACAAAUGUAAUAAAAAUGAUGUUUACAGUGAA